UUUUCAUUCAUUCCGGCUGACCUCAAGAGUAUAAUUCGUCUGUCUCCUACAUUUGCUGAAUUUUCGUUAUAUUAAUAGCAAAGUAACUCUUUCUCGUCGUCCAGAUAUCCGGCUGUGUAUUUAAUCUGACCCAUUAAAGUGGUGUUCUAUUUGACAACGACCUGUUAUUCUUACAUAUUAACGUUAACGUUAAUAUCCUCCGAUCUGUAAGUGAAACUAACGUUAACUUCUCUGGCUAAUUUUGCUAGGCUAACUUCUGCAUGGCACCUCUCCGGGUCCUGUGCAUUCAUGGUUACCGUCAAAACGGCAACUCGUUCCGUGACAAGACGGGAGCUCUGCGGAAACUGUUGAAGAAACAAGUGGAGCUUGUUUACCUCAGUGCACCGCUCAGUGUGCAGCAAGCCAGCAGUGAAGAAGCUCUAGAGAAGGAGAAUGGUUCAGGUCCUGGACCUGGAGGCGACGAGGAGCCCAAGGGUUGGUGGUUUUCUGACGUCCAAGCUCGGAGUUUCAGCGCUCACCAGCAGUGUGAGGAAAGCCUGGGGCUCAGCGAGAGCGUGACAGUUGUGAGAGAAGCAGUGAAGGUUCAAGGUCCGUUUGACGGGAUUCUGGGCUUUAGUCAGGGAGCAGCUUUUGUGGCCAUGCUGUGCUGGCUUCAGGAGCAAAAACUGGAGCCAGAGUUCAGCUUCCGCUUUGCCAUCCUUGUUGCUGGUUUCCGCAGCGCGUGUAAAGAACAUGAAAAAUUCUACAGUGCUCCCCUCCAGAUCCCCUCUCUGCAUGUGUUUGGACUGGAGGACAGAGUCAUCCCUGACAACAUGAGCCGGGAGCUCCUGCCCUCCUUCCAAGACCCUCAGGUCCUGAUGCAUCCUGGUGGCCAUUUUGUUCCUGCCGCGUCUGCUCACAGACAAACCUACCAGGACUUUCUCAAGAGGUUCCAGUGAGAACGAAUGUCAGGUACUGGAUAAGUGAAGAGAUACAAUCCGUGAAUAAGGCUCACGUGCUGAAAUAUGGCCUGGGAAUUAUGUUUAUUUAAUGUUCAAAAAAAUAUUGUGGUAACAUCAUUGAUUCCAGAGUCAUGGCCUUUGUGCUCUGGAAGAUGUUUUUUUUCCCAUCCAAAACAGUACAGUGACUGCUGUCCUUCUCAGGGAAGAUGUCUUGUAAAAGACAAUAAAUCAAGUGACAGUUGUUUAUUUAA